UCCAGCUCUGGAGCUCAGGUCAAACUCCUGCCCAGAGUACUUGGGUGCCGUGGUGGCGGGACACUCCGGCUAUUGCCCGGCCUGGCCUGUCUCCGUGUGGCUGUGCCAAGCAGGCUGGGCAGCUGCUAUUGUCCUCAGAGAAGUUACUGGCAGCGCUCAGGGAAGGAAGGCUCCAGAGAGGCGGAGCGGCGUCUCAGCCACUGAGCAACAUGUCGGACACGCUGGCCAACGCCGUGUGCCAGCGCUGCCAGGCCCGCUUUGCCCCUGCAGAGCGCAUCGUCAACAGCAACGGGGAGCUCUACCAUGAGCAUUGCUUCGUGUGCGCUCAGUGCUUCCGGCCAUUCCCCGAGGGGCUCUUCUAUGAGUUCGAGGGUCGGAAGUAUUGCGAGCACGACUUCCAAAUGCUGUUUGCUCCAUGCUGUGGAUUCUGUGGUGAGUUCGUGAUCGGACGUGUGAUCAAGGCGAUGAACACCAACUGGCACCCGGGCUGCUUUCGCUGUGAGCUGUGUGAUGUAGAGCUGGCUGACCUGGGCUUUGUGAAGAACGCGGGCAGGCACCUGUGCCGGCCUUGCCACAGCCGCGAGAAGGCCAAGUGCUUGGGCAAGUUCAUAUGCCAGCGCUGUCACCUCGCCAUUGAUGAGCAACCCCUCAUGUUCAAGAACGAUGCCUACCACCCGGACCACUUCAGCUGCUCCCACUGUGGGAAGGAGCUGACCUCUGAGGCCCGCGAGCUGAAGGGCGAGCUCUAUUGCCUGCCUUGCCACGACAAGAUGGGCGUCCCCAUCUGCGGGGCCUGCCGCCGGCCCAUUGAGGGACGUGUGGUUAAUGCGCUGGGCAAGCAGUGGCAUGUGGAGCAUUUUGUCUGCGCCAAGUGUGAGAAGCCCUUCCUGGGGCACCGGCACUAUGAGAAGAAGGGCCUAGCCUACUGCGAGACCCACUAUAACCAGCUCUUUGGGGAUGUUUGCUACAACUGCAGCCAUGUGAUCGAGGGUGAUGUGGUGUCCGCCCUCAAUAAGGCCUGGUGUGUGAACUGCUUCUCCUGUUCCACAUGCAACAGCAAGCUCACCCUGAAGAACAAGUUCGUGGAGUUUGACAUGAAGCCUGUGUGUAAGAAGUGUUACGAGAAGUUCCCUCUGGAGCUGAAGAAGCGGCUGAAGGAGCUGUCCGACCUGGCCUCCCGCAAGGCCCAGCCCAGGUCCCGGAUGUCCACUCUGCCUGAAGGCCCCGCCUCCUCGGCCUCCCGCAAGGCCAGGUCCACGGAGGUCCACUCUGCCUGAAGGCCGCGCCUCCUCGCCUCGGCUCUCUCCCCCUGCCCGGCUCCCUCCCCGGUCGUGCAUUCUGCUCCCUGCCCCUCGCUUGCCACCCACUUGGACCAGAUUCCCAGCCUGACCCCUGUCCUUCUAUGCUGCCGGGGGUCUCAGCCGAGUGGCCCCACUGUGUACUAGGGACUCCUGUGGCCCUGCACCAAUGACAGUUGUUUAGUCCUAGAGCACCCGUCAGUCACUCCGUCCACACUGAGCAAGCUGCCCCCAUAACGAAGCAGCUGGAAGGACAAGGACCCACUGCCCCCACCACUUAGGACACUUGCAGACAUCCUGCCUUGGCCCCCAUCAUGGCUGGGGCUUAUUUUUGCAUACGCUGUGUCUCAUGCCCAUUUCUUGAGGUAACUCCUCCCUUCCCGCCGCGCCAGGUCAGACUUGGCAGUGAGCUCAAACUCGCACAAUGAAGGCUAUUUCACACACA